CAGAGAACGGAGCAGUUCAACGAUUCACGCGCACAGCAUUUCAAUCCGGACCUGUACGGUUCGAGUCGGAGCUGUUCUCUGCUACAGUGCGGGUUUCACGGCGACCCAUGAGAACUUUCAUUUGACUUCAUCUUUCCAUUUUAUUUUUAUUUUGACUCAUUUACCAUCUUUAUUUUUUUGCUUCAUCCAAUAGCCUGCAAACAUUUAAUUCUCGCUCAUCUUUUCCAAACUGCCUCAUUCAUUUUGGGAACUCAUUCCCUCGUUCGCCUGAACGGAAUACCUCGAGACGAGUUUUGUUUGGAAUUGGUACCUGCUUGACUUCUCAUCCACGCCGGGGGGAAUAACUUCCAUGUCACCACGGACAUCCAGCACGACGGCGGCGACGACACCGGUCGCCUUCCACUGAGGAAUGUACGUGCUCCCCACGGCAGGCUGAACGGAGUGCCCCACUCAGUAGUGCACAUUUCCGAAUGAGAAACUGUCUGCUGUCCGCGGUGCUGCUCUCUGUCAGAGGAGUAGCCCUUCUCUCCGGGAUGGUUCACUUCUAACCGGGCUCCUUUUUACAUUUUGUUGCCUUUUUCUCCUGGAACGGGGAUAUUGAGUUUGGAUUGUCACAGGCAUCUUUCCUCGAGACGAUUUCUUUCUUUUAGUUGAUUUAAUUUUCGAAUUAGAGAUUCCCGCGAAAAGGAAUUUGACCGUAACGGUCAUCACUGACGAUGGGCGACUCUUUGUGGAGAUACUACUUUGGAGUUUUAACGUUAGUCAUCGCGUGCAAGGUGAACCUGUCCCGCGCGCUCAUUCUCGACUCCAUAUACUGGAACACGACGAAUACCAAGUUCGUGCCAGGACAGGGUCUGGUGUUGUACCCACAGAUCGGGGAUAAGAUGGACAUAGUUUGCCCGCGUGUGGAGGGCGGCUCAAUGGAGGGUGUGGAGUAUUAUAAACUGUAUAUGGUUCCUCGGGAACAGCUGGAGUCCUGCACGGUCACAAAGGCGGACACGCCUCUGCUCAACUGCGUCAAACCGGACCAGGACGUCAAAUUCACCCUCAAAUUCCAAGAGUUCAGCCCUAACCUCUGGGGCUUGGAGUUCUUCAGAGGAAAAGACUACUACAUUAUCUCUACAUCUAACGGAACGAUGGAAGGGCUGGAGAAUCAGGAAGGAGGGGUGUGCAAAACCAAGUCGAUGAAAAUCCUCAUGAAGGUUGGACAAAACCCCUCAGAUCCCAUUUUCCCCAAAGACUACCCCACCAGAUACCCCCCCAGACACCCUGACACUGACAGAAAGGACACCAAAUCGAAUGAAGUAAUUGACAAGCAUGAUGCAUCUCAUCACGAAGAAAAAGAAGAAGGAAAUAAAUCCUCCGUCAUCGGUUCGGAGAUCGCGUUGUUUGCCGGCAUCGCCUCAGCCAGCGUCAUCGUCAUUAUCAUCAUCAUCAUGCUGGUGUUCCUCCUGCUGAAGUAUCGACGUCGUCACCGCAAACACUCGCCUCAGCAUGCCACCACACUGUCACUCAGCACGUUAGCCACGCCCAAGAGGGGUGGUAGCAACAACAACGGCUCCGAGCCGAGCGACAUCAUCAUCCCAUUGCGGACUGCUGAUAGCGUCUUCUGCCCACAUUACGAGAAAGUGAGCGGCGACUACGGACACCCCGUUUACAUCGUGCAGGAAAUGCCGCCGCAGAGCCCAGCGAAUAUCUAUUAUAAAGUGUGAAAGCGGACACGCUUCAUUUGAACUUUUUAACUUUAACCCCCACACACCCCUCGAUGAACCCCCAUAGGGCAGGAUUGAAGCCUGAGCUCACCCUCGUCCUGCCCUGUCGUGGCUGUCUUACUUUUUUUGUAACAAUAUUCCUGAUUAUUACUCUCAGUAUAGAUGCUGAUGGUGGAGUGAUGCUCCUGAUUCGCUGCUCUUGCACCUGCAAAACGAAACAAAACAAACAAAAAAGUUAAAAAGAAAACAAGAAUUUCUUUUGGGGGAUUGACGUGCACUAUAACGGAUGUUUAAGAUACAAUAGUGUGUGUAUGAGGAAGUGUGUGUGAACCACACAGACGAGCAGUGGAAAGGGGGGUCGAGGGGGUGGACUUGAGAUAAGAAAAUGUCUUUCUCUUAUUUCACUACAUUAUUCUCCCUUAAAGAUACAAUACUAAGAGAGACGGAGAUGGAGAAGAUACGUGAUGAAAGAAGUAAAAAAAAUGCCGUGGCUGAUUGACUGAUCCAUCGCAAAAACAGGAAGUGAAUGCGGCCUAUGGGUCACAGCUACAGGAAGUACACCAGAAAGCUCUCGUCCAUUAGUUCAUUGGAGCAUACUGUUGGACAUUUGAAUGGACAUCACCCGUUAUAAUGCAUCGUACUGUUUUCAUUCACGUUAACUCAUUUGUCCACCUCUGUCUCUUCUACAAAAAUCUUUUCGUACGGUCUUGCAUCUUCCAUUUCUUUCUGUCAUUCCCAGUGCAGUCCACUUGCAGAUUUGUUCGGUAGAAGACUAAUAGGUGUCCUAGAGAUCCUUUUGUGCUGGUAUUAUGUGCCGUUUCCGAGUACUGUGGGAGACACAUUCACACAUUUCAUUUAGUACAUGUUAGCUGACUGGAGGAACGAGAGAGUGAUAGAAAAAAGAGAUGGGAGGAAUGAUAAAAGGUCAGGUGAAAUAUUCAAUAUUUGGUACAGUUGUUGCUGUCCCGUUGCCUGCUGGGAAGGUCGAGGACCCACGCAAACACUUUAGCAGCACUUUGAAAGCCUCAUCACCUUGCCCAUGUGGAGAACACACGCAAGGCAGACACAUUUACAGCAUAGAAACAAACAGAAACAACGGGGAGCACAUUUACAUAUAAGAAUUAUCGAGCCAUGGCAAGACCUGCCAUUUUGAAACAAAAUAGCCACCUUACCCGGCACACUUGCUGGAAGAGAUUUGCAUGUCACGGCGAAAGGUUCCUGUUUUACUAGUAUUUCUGCCAUCACAAACAUGCUCACCAGUGGAAAGCUGAAUCUCCAUUUUCCUCAGAAGCACAGGGAUGCAUCGUAACUAUUUAAAUGUUGUAUUAUUUACUUUGGAUUUUACACAAAAGAGUUAAUCAUCAUUUCUUUAUGAAUUUGUUUAGAUGUAGAUCCAAAUGGACGGAAAGAGUGCAAGUAAAUUUUAUUUAUGACGCAUACAGCACACAGAUAGGCAGGCAAGCAUGAGGGUAUGAAUAAGUUAUGGAAGAUCUGCACAUUAUGCAAGAUUAGAGUUUUUCGUUUCGUUAAUAUACAGAUUUCUCCUUUUUGCUAUUUGCUUUUCCAUCAAUCCCUACACAAAUAGAUGCCUUUAACCACACAUACACUCACACAAGCACAUGCGCUCAUGGCCAGAGAAGGGGUGGCUUUGGAAGGAGCCCUCGGGGAAAACAGCAUGUUGGGUUUGAAAAUAGCUGAAAGGAAUGAGAGGGAAGGGCCAGAAAUGGACCAAAGGAAGGGCACGUCUACCGGAGUCCUGACUAAACCAACUUCUCCGGCCUGUCUGUCUCUCUUGAUGAAGCUCAGAUGUGCUCUGGGUUGAAAUUAGGCCUCUUAAUCUGGAAGGAAAGCAGUAGACGUGGGUAAGCAGGCAUGCCAGAUGAGAACGAGCGAAGGCUAAAUGUAGUAAAUUGCAUGAAAUGGAAUCUUUCAGGGAGGAUUUUGGCGGAACAAAAACACGUUAUGACUGAUGACUGAUGGAGGUCACAAGUGGACUUAGUAUUGGAUAUAGAGAGGAAGUCACCAAGCACAGGUCAGCGUAUCCCACAGUCUGCAGCUCCCAAAGGAUUUUGACUCCCAUGUUCCCUAGAUCUCUCAGAACCAUCCUCUCUUAGUGGUCGUGUGUGUUGUCAUUCGUGCAAACCCCUUCUUAAGCCAAGCCAGCCUGUAGACAGUCAUUCAUUGUCGUUUCCUACAUUGACUUCAAUUUAAUUUGCUGGAAUUUGAGAGUUUAAAAUGUCCACAAACUGUAUGAGGACUGUGGGUUGCCAUGGUCACACAUUAACUGUUCAUUCAUCUUUUGUUCCACUUGUUCAUGGAGGUUCUUGAAUCUCACUGAAAAGCCAAGCCUUGUGUGAUCGGAGCUUUGUGCCUCUGUAAGAGGCGACAAAAUCUGCAAAUAUGCAAUUUUUAUUUAUUUUUAUAACAAUUGAGAAAAAAAGAUGAUAUACGUUCACCUAUGGAAAAGUGUUCUUAACCACUGAAAUUAAAUGAAACAAUACAGCAUAACAAAAGACUACAACCCGGUGUGUUAUUAUUAUUUUUUACUUUGUGCUGUAGGUUCGAGUUAAACUGUGAAACACAUAUACACACACAGAGAAGACUGAGCAGUUGUUUAACACACACUACAAAAACUACAAACAUGUUGCUGUUUGGUUGCUGUCCCGUAUGGGCUAAAUAUGACAAUCUCCUUAGUUUCUUUGAAUCUGAAGACACUUUCCAAGACAGCGUUUCGAAAACAUUCCAAAACAUUGUAGGAGUUGUAGGACUCAACUUGUAGCGGGAGAUGUUGCAGGAACGUUUGCGAAAUGCUGGGAGAAGUGUCUUCAGGCCACUGUAAAAUGCCUUGCUUGUAUGGUCACCUUGAGUUCACGAGACUCUGAUUUUUGCACCGUACAUCUGUAGGUAAGAGGCUGUAAAUACGUUAUUGUUUGUAUUGUAUAUGGCUCCCCGGUUGUUACAAUAGCCUUAUUCUCACAUUUCUAGCAAAUAAAAAAAAUUAAGAAAAAACAUGAAUCACUUGAGUUGAAAAGCAGAGCAUACUAAUUUUUUUGGUAAAUAACUUGUGUAAAUAUUGACAAAGAACCCAAUAAAUCUUUUUUUAUAAAUCUCUCUAAGUAAGAUGUUUUGUAUAGAAUUGGAAUUUUUUGCUAUGUAUUUUAGCUAGCACUCGUCAGUACCCUCCCACUCAACCCUUUUGCACUGUUCCCAUGGUGAUCUGGUUAAAAAAAUGAAAAUGAGAUAGAGAAUUGCCAAACUGACUGCUUGCUGCAUAUUUGUGCCAUACGUGUGUACCAUAGAUAUUUAUUUAAAUAGUUCUUUGUUUUGGUUUUUGUUUCAGUUGGAUUUUUUACCCAGUUUGUACACAGCUUCAGUAUUAUCACUUGAGUUUUUCUGAACUUCUCCAUUUCCUGUUAAUCUUUCUGUGGCUGUCGUUUCCCUGUGGCUGAUGCGCCCACCCCUCCCUCGCAGUGAGAUCUGGUCAGAACGUGCAACAUUAUAAAGGCAUAGAAAUGAAAUGGCACACAUUCCACCAGUCUGUUACAAACUGAAAAUGUUUUUCAAUAAAAUGUUUUUCCCAUGGAA